AUGUCAAGGGCAAGAGCAAAGCUAAUGAUCUAUGGUUCAGCAGCACAACAAUAUGCCAGAGUUUGGGACUAUGGAAAGGCUCUCAUGAAGUAUAACCCUGGGACACAAUGUAAUGUUGUUAUUGAUGGGAUUGAGAAACCUGAGCCCCCAUUAUUCCUUAGGAUGUUUGUUUGCCUAGCUCCUUUGGCAAAGGGAUUUUUGUCUGGUUGUAGACCCUUAAUAGGGGUUGAUGGAUGUCAUCUCAAGGGUCCAUACCCAGGGCAGAUACUUGUUGCAGUAGGGAAGGAUGGCAACAACAAUAUUUAUCCCAUUGCAUGGGCUACAUGUGAAAUAAAGAACACAGAGACAUGGGUGUGGUUCCUAGAGAGCCUAAUGAAGUCCUUAAAAGAUGAAAAUGAAGGGCUUGGGUUCACCUUUAUGUCAAACAGACAAAAGGGGUUGUUAGAAGCUUUCCUGCAGGUAGUCCCUAAUGCAGACACAAGUGACUCUGAAUCUGUUUAUGUAGAUUUUGAUUUUGAAGUGGCAAUGGAGUCAAUAAGGUUCUUGUCUGAGGAUGCAUUUGAAUACCUAGCUGACAUCCCAGCUGAGCAUUGGUCUAGACAUGCUUUUAGUUCAUUCCCAAAGUCAAACAUGUUGCUUAACAAUGUUUGUGAGACUUUCAAUAUUGUAAUCAAAGAAGCUAGGGAUAAGCCCAUAUUGACUCAGAUGGAGUGGCUUAGGAGAGGUGACACUUAUGAAGUAGAGCUUAAUUCUGACAUAGUUAAAGUGGACCUAAGCAAAGGUACUUGCACUUGCUAUCAUUGGGAGCUAACUGGUAUCCCUUGUGUCCAUGCAUAUGCAUGCAUCAUGGACAAAAGGGCAGACCCUGAAGAGUAUGUGGACAGUGCUUACUUUGUGUCCACAUACAUGUUAGCAUACAGGUAUGAGGUUGCACCUAUGCCUGGUCCAAACCAUUGGGAGAAGGUGAAGCUAAGGGAGCCACUACCACCAGCCAUCAAAGUACAGCCUGGGAGGCCUAAGAGUAAGAAAAGAAAGCUAGAACAGGGAGAAAUUGUGGGGCAGAGCCAGCAAGAAGAGAAACCAGUCAAGAGAAGGGCAACAUGUAAGAAUUGUGGCCAGCUUGGACACUAUGCUUAG